AUGGCUGACUCUUCGCGGCAGAGGUCUCGCUCGAGAUCACCGCGGCGCGCACCAAAAGGCAGUGGAGGAUUCAGAUGGAAGGAUAAAAAGUCUGAGGAUGGCAGAAACGAUCGCAGAGACGGCCGACGGGACGACAGGAGAGAAGACAGACGGUAUGACGGCCAGUGCUACCGCGGCGGACGCGACAGAGAUUUCCGCGACCGCGACCGCGAACGUUCUCCUCGCCGCGACAGGUCACCUCGACGAGACGAAGGCCGCCGCCGCAACCCAGACGGCAAAGCAAGCAAAGAGAAGCGCGGUGACGACGGCAAAAAGGAAAAGAAGCCAAAGAAGGCUGUAUCUCUUGCUGGCAAGGAACUCAUCGUGGUUCACAUCAACGAUCGUCUCGGCACAAAAACGGCCGUGCCCUGCCUUCCCGACGACACCAUCGGUCAACUGAAGCUCAUGAUUGCAGCACGCAUCGGUCGAGAGCCUGGACAAAUCAUGCUGCGGCGUCAAGGCGAGCGGCCAUUCAAGGACCCUAUUUGCUUGGCCGACUAUGGCAUCUCCAACGGUGUACAGCUGGACCUAGAGAUUGAUACAGGCGAUUAA